AAUAUACCUCAUAGUGACAUAGUCUCAUACAAUUCCAUCCCAUUGGUCAACGUCCGUCCGUCAAGACGGCAGCGUAAUGGUUCUCCCUUCUCGUUUCUUACCGUCCGUCGACUUUCUUUCCCUCUCCCCUACGGCAGAAAGCUCCUCCAAUUCAAAUCCAACUCUAGACUAAACUUUCCUCUUCCAUGGCCGACUACCGGCGAGAAGACGGGGCAAGAAGCAGCUAUUCCGGCCGCGAGCAUAAAUAAACCACGACGCCCUUCAGCUUUCCCUAAAGCUUACACCCUUGGAUUUGGGCGUUUCUCAUCCCUCUCUGCUGUAUCACGAAGGGCGAGCGGGACCCAAUCAACUUCGGGUGGAGUCGGAAGGGACUGAGUUUUUUCCAGGCUUCAGUCAUCGGAGCUCGCCGCUACGGUCAGAUAAUUGGAAUCAGUCGGGCAAGCUGCAAGGCGGCGAUUUUGCUGCCCUAGCUUCCGUUCAAUUCGCGGUUUAAGAGUGAAGGGAGAAUGGAUCCGGAACAGACGUUUAUAAGAUUGCAAGAGCGGUUUUCGCAGGUGUUGACCGCCAAAGUGAGGGCUACUUUGGAGUAUGUCUAUUUGUUUAUCGCUGUUACUCUCUUCAGCAUUCUCGUAGUCAUGCACGCCAAUUAUGUUCAACAGCCGGGAUGUUCAAGUGAGCUUCCUGGAGUUGAAGCUUUGGAUGCCCAACUUAUUCACAUAAAGUUCUUGAUGAAGAUAUCUAGUGCAGGACUUUGGCUACACAACGAAUCAGAAUACAGCAUCCCAGAAGUUCCUGAUUUGAAUGUUGUAGCAGAUAAACUGGAACUGCCAAAUGUUGGUGCAGAUGACUUUACAUUGCUGGCUUCGAAGGUUUGGUUUAACUGGAUUGGUUUCAGUACUAGGAAGGGAAAAUUGACUUUGAAGUUCUGGCGGACUGAUAAUGAACUUAUUGAACAUCAGCAUGACACCACUGAAAGCUCGAAACCAAUGGUUGAUGAUAGUGUUACUGCAACCGAGAAACCUGAGAUUCGCAGCAGUUUUUCUAUGUCAGCCAAGGAAAAUUUUAAAGUAGCUAUCACUCAUUUCAGCAAUAAGUGGCACAGGCGUCUAUUAUUCAUUUGGAGACAAAUAUUGCAAGUAGCACACAGUUUCCAAAAGCUAUGGAAUAUUACGGGCAUCUCUUUGAAUCUUGACGUUCCCAAGUGGUUAAGAAUACUUCAUUUGGACCGGGCUAAUACACAUGCAGUGCAGUGGCUUGAGAAGAAAAGCAAAGCUUUUGAGCCGACCUAUCUGUACACCAUGGAAAAGGGUUAUUUCUUGCUACCUGAAGAGGCCAGGCUGCAGCAUAACAUACGAACAGUCAACAUAUCCAUAUCAGCUUGGCAUCCUUGUUUAGGGAACAGGUGGCAACAACUUCUGAUAAAUAGAGUGGUUGGAUAUGAUACCAUAUUGAUGAAUAGCAUACUUAGCUCGCCGGGGCAUGGUUACCUUUAUAAUUUUCAGACAAAUGAAUUUUACAAUCUCAGCUAUGCUCAAGAACUACCUGAAGGGCCGGCAAAGUUUGGAGACUAUCUAGUCACCAAGUGUGGCGUGCUUAUGAUGUCGCUGUUUGUGUUCUUUACGACAACAAUGUCUGUAUCCUUCACAUUGAGAGAGACACAGACACGGAUGUUGAGAUUUACAGUGCAGCUUCAACACCAUGCUCGACAUCGAUUGCCAACAUUUCAGUUGAUCUUUGUCCAUGUAAUCGAGUCCCUUGUCUUUGUACCGAUAAUGAUUGGCAUCCUGUUUUUCCUGUUUGAGUUCUAUGAUGAUCAACUAUUGGCUUUCAUGGUCUUGAUUCUUGUUUGGUUGUGUGAACUCUUCACACUGAUAAGUGUCCGCACGCCUCUAUCAAUGAAGUUCUUCCCUCGCUUUUUCUUGCUCUAUUUUCUGGUCUUCCACAUCUAUUUCUUCUCCUAUACAUAUGGUUUUUCGUAUUUGGCUUUGUCUACAACGGCAGCAUUCAUGCAGCACUUGAUCCUGUACUUUUGGAAUCGCUUUGAGGUACCAGCUCUACAGAGGUUUAUGCAGAACCGAAGAACUCAGCUUCAGCAGCAUCCCGACUUCCACAUCACCUCUUCGACCAUAUUUGCAUCAACGCUACACAUUACUACAAGAUUCAACGCCAGGACCCCUCCUCCGCAAGGACCAGCAGCAGCAAACACAGACCAGCCCAUGCCGCCGGCAGCCACUGGAGCGCCUACAACUGCUGGGAAUGUUCCAAGUCAAGGCGACACUGGCGCGAAUGUUGGGUCGAUGAAUUCGUUUAGCUCUCUGUUGCUGUGGAUCUUGGGAGGGGCUUCCUAUGAAGGCCUCAACACUCUUCUCUCGAUGUUUAGAGACGUGAGAGAUCAUCAUCAGGGAGGUCAAGUAUAUGCCGCUGAGAACCCCAACCAGACUGGGGCUAGGAACCCGACGAUGGGAGAGGAUGAUGUCGAAUAACAGCAGAUGCACGAGGUUUGGAGGAGGAUAACGACGAAAAGGUUUUGUCAGUGUAAUUAUCACAUCUUUAUUCUAUGUUCGAAUGCUGUAACAUAUGCAUAGCUCUGGCUACCCUUCUCCCCGGCCCUGUAUAGACAUGUUUUGAGGGAAGAGGAAUCAGUCGGAGUGGUCAUAUACAAACUUGAUUUUGAUCCAAAACCAACUAUGUAUGUUACUAAUUACUACAAUUUGGCUAUUCAUUGUUUGACCUACUGUAACAGGUUAUUUUUACGUUCUGAUUUUGUUUUUGG